GUCCCGCCACCAAGACCCUCGGCUUUCGAGGAGCCGCCAGCUCCGACCCCGCGAAGAUGGCGAGGAGGAGCCGCCACCGCCUCCUCCUGCUGCUGCUGCGCUACCUGGUGGUCGCCCUGGACUAUCAUAAGGCCUGUGGAUUCUCUGACCCAAAAGAUCAUCACGUAGUCACAGCAAUAGAGUAUCAAGAGGUUAUUUUAGCCUGUAAAUACCCAAAGAAGACCGUGUCCUCCAGAUUAGAAUGGAAGAAACUGGGGCGGGGUAUCUCCUUUGUCUACUAUCAACAGGCUCUUCAAGGUGCUUUUAAAGAUCGAGCUGAGCUGAUAGAUUUCAGCAUACGGAUCAAAAAUGUUACAAGAAAUGAUGCUGGGAAGUAUCGUUGUGAAAUUAGUGCCCCAUCCGAACAAGGUCAAAACCUGGCAGAAGAUACGGUCACCCUGGAAGUAUUAGUGGCUCCAGCAGUUCCAUCAUGUGAAGUACCCAGUUCUGCUCUGAGCGGCACCACGGUAGAGCUGCGAUGUCAAGACAAAGAAGGCAAUCCAGCUCCCGAAUACACAUGGUUUAAGGAUGGCAUCCGUUUGUCAGGGAAUCCAAGACUGGAUGCCCAAAGCACCAACAGCUCAUACACAAUGAAUGCAAAAUCUGGAAGUCUGCAAUUUAAUGCUGUUUCAAAACUGGACAGUGGAGAAUAUUCCUGUGAAGCCCGUAAUUCUGUCGGACAUCGCAAGUGUCCUGGGAAACGAAUGCAAGUAGACGAUCUCAACAUAAGUGGCAUCAUAGCGGCGGUAGUCGUCGUGGCCAUAGUGAUUUCUCUCUGUGGCCUUGGCGUGUGCUAUGCUCAGAGGAAAGGCUACUUUUCAAAAGAAACCUCCUUCCAGAAGAGUGGUUCUGCAUCUAAAGCCCCUACAAUGAGUGAAAAUGAUUUCAAGCACACAAAAUCCUUUAUAAUUUAAAAGGAUCCCACCUUUGCGACACACCCAAACCACAGUUGUUGCACACAAGUUAUUAAAAGAUUAUAAAACUCUGCUUUGUCUUACAUUUGCAAAGAGGUACAUGAGGAGAUGAAAUUGGGAUUUAAUUAUACAAUCUUUAUGACUGCUAAAUCCCUUGAAAUGUUUAUUUUAUACAAAUAGUUCUCCCAGCAGCUAAAAUAGAGUCUGGCUUCUUGUGUCUGGAAGGAGUUGAAGGAAAUCAAAAUGCUUUGUAAUAAUGUGAGGCUUAUGAAAUUAACUUCCAGAGAAAGUUACUAAAUUUUCCUAACUUCUAGAGAAAGAUACUAAAACACACCAUAUUGGUUGUGAAAUUAAUCUGCAGAGCAUGAAAAUGUAAACUUCAUGCAUCCUCUGUGCAGGAUUCUGAUUUAGAGGCUUCAGAAAUUACUCUGACAGAUGCAAAAUGAACCUCUAGUCUCACUGCUACCAGAAUCCUCUUUUCUCCCCUAAUAUAAUCCUUAUUCUGCUGCUCAUUUAUCACUAACAUAUUCACAGAAGGGAAGUGGCAGGAAGGGUCUUUUACCCAAGGAUUUGCAGUUUGUGUUUACUUUCAUUUCUGAGAACCAAAAGCAACAUGAAGGGAAACACCUAAUGACCAGAACUCUCACCUGGUGUGUGUCCUUGAUUUUAUUAAACAUCAUUUUGAGAGUCAAA